AUGGCGAACGGUCGGCUGCUCGUCCAGAUUGCGUCGUAUAACACAAAUCUCCAGGGCGACAGCGGCCUGCCACAAGACCUCGUUGACUGGCUUGCACCUACUCUUCAGGCCUCCCGCGCCCGUCAGUCCGAACGCCGUCCUUUGGAUAUUGUGGCCGUAGGCUUCCAAGAAUUAGUACCUCUGCAUCUUGGACUUGCGGGGCUCUCAGGCCCAGUAGUCGACAGCCGUGAUGAACUUAUCUUGUCUCAAAUUGAGGCGCACGCUCCGAACAAGGAGCGGUACUCGCUGAUUGCGAAGGUUGUUAACGUCGGCGUUGCACUGCUCGUCUAUGGACGCGAUGAAGGUGUCGCGCGUCGCGUGUGCGACGUGCAGACACAGUGGACGGGUUGCGGCCCUGCGUACAUGGGUAACAAGGGCGCGGUCGGAGUGCGAUUUCGGGUCGCCCACCAAGACAGUGGAGUGGGGGAGGUCUAUACAUUCGUCUGUGCACAUCUCACCGCACAUGGGCACAAGUUAGCCCAGCGCGUCCACGACUAUCAUCAUAUUGUUGGGACGCUUCUAUUUCCGCCACUCCCAGGAACAUCCUCCACGAAGCCCACGACUAUCUACUCGACGUCGCACCUCUUCUUUUUCGGAGACCUCAAUUUCCGUCUUGCGAUACCUCCCGGCCACCCAGCUUCGUCGUUGUCGCGCACCGAGUUCGCACGCAAAUUGACCAGCGAGGCCCAGCGACUGGCUUUGAAAGAGUUCGACCAGUUAUAUCAAGAGCGUGAUAUCAAGUUCAACAUAUUCGCCUCUCUGCGCGAGGCCGACUUUUGGAAAUUUAUCUGCAGCUACAAGUACAAGCUAGGCGAGACAGUCAUGUUUGAUUUCAAACGUUUACCAGCUUGGACAGACCGGAUUAUGUACACGAGCUACGCGGAUUCGCCGGACACGCCCCGCGAGUCCACAAUCUCCAACCUUCUCUAUACUAUUAUACCCUCAUAUACCACUUCAGAUCAUAAGCCUAUAGUGUCUCUCCUCCAGCUGCCCCCAUCCACUUUCGCUCCGAAUGCAACCACGCCACCUGUCCUACACCUUCCCGCUACCUAUAAACCCCAACCUGACCGCCUCGCUAUACCCAAGAGAUAUAUCGGGCGUAUUAUCGGACGCUUCAUUGGCUAUUGCUGGUGCCUCCUCGUACUUGUCGGGGCAGGUUCGUUGGGUCUCGGUGUUGCCAAUUCCAUUAUCGGAUUAGGCAUAUGGGGCUGGUGGAAGUCUCGCUGGUUUGCCUCUGGCACACCACGACGAACCUGA